AUAGUUAAAUACGACCAGACUCAAGUACACGUCGAUAAAUUUUCAUACUAUAAGAAGAAAACCAAUAAACAAAGGAUAGACAGUCCAAGCGGUUGUUGAAUGGAAAUCAGAAAUACAAAAUUUACAGGUGUUCAAUGGAAGAUUUAGAAUUCAAAAUUGAAUCUUGAAAUUGUUUUUUAAUUUGGAGAAGAAAAAAAAUGAAGUGUUUCUAUUACUUCAAGGAUAAGAGCAGAGUCAAUGGACAAAGUUCAGCCCCAAAUUUGAAAUACCAAAGCAAAUCCUAUACAUCAGAAGCUGAGAAUGUGAUCCAAUCUUCAUCUUCAGCUCCUUCGCCUCGCGGUUUAUCUGAACUAUAUGAAGAAAAAGCUCAAAACUUGAGAGUUUUUAAGUUCUCUGAGCUUAAACAGGCCACUAGUAACUUCAAUAGGUUACUUAUGAUUGGUGCAGGUGGUUUUGGAUGUGUAUAUAAGGGAACGAUAAAACCCGUUGACGAAAAGGGUGAACCUUUUGUGGUUGCCAUAAAAAAACUCAACAGAGAUGGCAAUCAGGGUCAUAAAGAAUGGGUAACCGAGGUGAAAUUUCUUGGUGUUGUGGACCACCCAAAUCUCGUUAAACUCAUUGGAUAUUGUGCCGUGGAUGGAGAGAGAGGUAUCCAGCGGCUACUUGUAUAUGAAUACAUGCUAAACAAAAGUCUGGAAGAUCAUCUUUUCAAUAUGUCAUUACCAACUCUUUCUUGGGAUCAAAGAUUGCAAAUUGUGCUCGGAGCAGCUCAGGGAUUGGCUUAUCUUCACGAGGAGUCAGAAGUCCAGGUUAUAUAUCGAGACUUCAAGUCAUCAAAUGUUCUAUUAGAUAAGGAUUUCAAGGCAAAGCUUUCAGACUUCGGGCUCGCCAGGGAGGGUCCAGUUGAUGGAAAAACUCACGUUUCUACAGGGGUCGUCGGAACAUAUGGAUAUGCCGCCCCAGAUUAUAUUGAGACGGGACAUCUUACUUCUAAGAGUGAUGUUUGGAGUUUUGGCAUUGUAUUGUACGAAAUCUUGACUGGUAGGCGAUCCGUCGAAAGAGAGAGACCGAGAUCAGAGCAGAAACUGUUGGAUUGGGUGAAACAAUACCCUGCUGACAGUCGGAAAUUUGGCGUGAUAAUGGACUCGAGACUCGAAAAUCAGUAUUCGCUCAGCAAAGCUCGAGAAGUUGCUAAACUGGCCGAUCGUUGUUUGGUAAAAAGUCCAAAGGACCGGCCGAAGAUGAGCCAGGUGGUGGAAAGUUUAAAGCAAAUAGUUCGGCUUCCAGCUGACGAAUGCCCGCCUGCCAAAGAUUUCGAGGGCAUUGAAGAUGAACCGAAAGAAGAAAAAGCCAUUAAACAGACGGGAGUCUCGGAAUCGGCCAAAAGACGAAUGGAACAUUUGGCUAAAAUAAGUGAAAAUGUAGAUGGUGUAAAUAGGAGAAGGUUUAUGAUCAUGCAGGGGGCUAAAGUUAUAUAGAUAUGCAUUUUUUUCCUUCUUGAAAUAUUCCCCAAAUUUUAGGAUUAUGCUUUUUUUGCUUCCGUAUAUGUAGAAGUAGAACAGAGCAGAUGAAAAUAUAUAUUUAAAAACUUGAGAUUUCGACUUCAA